UGGCCUUUUUCACGGGCAAGUCGCGAUCUUCAGUCGAGUGGCUUUCAUUUGCCGAGAAGUGACUUGCGAGAAUGGAGGUCGAAGUGCUGUUUGCCCACAACUCGAAGCUGCUGACGAAAUGCCAGCUGCAGCCCAACUCCACGGUGGCGGAGGUGAAGAGGCAGGUGUACAGCGCCCGGAAGGCGCUCAACGUGGACCGCCAGGCCAUCCGGCUGGCGGAUAAGGGCAAGGCGCUCAAGGACAGCGAGACCAUGCAGUCGCUGGGCAUCCGUGACGGCAGCAAGUUGUACGUGAAGGACCUGGGGCCGCAGAUUAGCUGGACGACGGUCUUCCUGGCGGAGUACGCGGGGCCCCUGAUCGUCUACCUGUGGAUCUACCAGCGCCCCUGGCUUUUCUACGGCGACACGCGUGCGCCCGUGCACCAGACCGCCCACAUCGCCGCGGCCUGCUGGACGCUGCACUACGCCAAGAGGCUGCUGGAGACGAUCUUCGUGCACCGCUUCAGCCACGCCACGAUGCCGCUGAGGAACCUGUUCAAGAACUGCGCCUACUACUGGGGCUUCACAGCCUAUGUGGCCUAUCACGUGAAUCACCCGCUAUUCACGUCGCCGUGCACAAUGCAAGUGUAUGCGGGCCUGGCGGCGUUCCUCAUCAGCGAGCUGGGCAACUUCAGCAUCCACAUGAAUCUGCGCAACUUGCGCCCGCCCGGCACGUCCGUGCGCAAGAUUCCACGGCCGGACGCCAAUCCCCUGACGGCUCUCUUCAACUUCGUCUCCUGUCCGAACUACACGUACGAGGUCCUGUCCUGGCUCUCCUUCUCCGUCCUCACGCAGUGCCUGCCGGCGCUGCUGUUCACGGCCGCCGGGAUGUACCAGAUGACAAUGUGGGCGCUGGGCAAGCAUCGCAACUACCGGAAGGAGUUCAAGGACUAUCCGCGCCAGAGGAAGGCGAUUCUUCCCUUUGUGCUGUAGAUCUUCUCUCUCUUUCUAUCUUAAUUUAUGAUUCACUGCUCAGGGCUUUAGUUUUGUGAGAUCGGCAGGAAUUCCAGGGCGUUGGGCUGACUUAUGUGCGGUUUUCUGGGGGCUUCUCCGAGAUUAUAUUGGUGUUUAGAUUCACACUCUUGCCACUAAUUAUGUUUUCUUCCAUUCCAUUCUCAAUAAUAAAAAAAAGAAUUCUUUUGUUAGUGAAA